AUGUGGCCGCAGGGGGUGCUGGCGUCGUCGGCGGCGGCAAUGCUGGGCCUAGGCACGGGGCCGCAACAGCAACAACAACAACAAGCCGUCAGCCAGCUGCCGCAGUACUCCCUGCUGCAGCAGCUCCAGGGCGGCGGCUUCCAGCACCACCAACCCCAACCCGUGCCCAUGCCGGUGCCGCCGGAGCCGGAGCCGGAGUCGCCGGUGCCGCCGGAACCGGAAGAGGAGACGACGGACGGCGCCGGCGCCGGGAACGACGAUGGCGGCGUCCCGGGGGCGGGGUUCGUGUGGACGCGGGUGAAGUGGACGGACGCCAUGGUCCGGCUCCUGAUCAUGGUCGUCUACAACGCCGGCCCCGUGGAAGACGCCUCCGGCGCCGCGGCGGAACAGGGGAAGAAGGGGAAGUGGAGGUCGGCGUCGCAGGCGAUGUCGGAGCGCGGGUUCGCGGUGUCGCCGCAGCAGUGCGAGGACAAGUUCAACGACCUUAACAAGCGCUACAAGCGCGUCCUGGACAUCCUGGGCAGCGGCAUGGCGCGCGCCGUCCUCCAGAACCCCGCGGUCCUGGACGCCGCCAUGAGCAAGCUCGCCCCCGCCGCCAGGGAGCUCGCGCGCAAGCUGCUCGGCCCCAAGCAGAUCUUCGGCUUCCGCGAGAUGUGCCUCUACCACAACGCCGUCGCAGCCACCGGCGCAGCCGCAGCCGCGUCGAAGCCCCCGAAGCCGGUAAAGCCGGUAAAGCCGGUGAAGCCAGUGGUCACCGCCGCUCUCCCGACGAUCAACGAGGUUGAAGACGAAGAAGACGAAGAGGCCAUGGGGUUCGGGCGCCGGAACCCGAAGCGGCGCCGCGGGGAGAGCAGCAAGGCGAAGGGGGUUGCCGUUGCCGAGGAAGAAGAAGAAGCUGAUCCGGAAGAAACGGAGGAGGACGAGGAUGCGCCAUUGUUGUCCGCCAUGGCCGUGCCGCAGCUGCAGAGCAAGCUGGACGCGAUGGGGCCACCCGGCGGCGGCGGGGACCUGGAGGAGGCGCGGCGGUGGCUGCAGCGGCGCGCCAUGGAGGUGCAGGAGAAGCUGAAGGCGUGCGACCGCCGCGACAAGGAGCUAGACGCGCACCGGAAGAAGUGGGAGCGGUUCCGGGAAGUCAAGGAGCAGGAGAUGGACCUCGAGGAGCUGCGGAUCAUCCACGCACGACGCAAGCUGCUCGUGCUCAAGCAGAAGGAGCUCGACCGGAAGAUCGGCGAGCGGCAGAGAGCGCGGGCCUUCCAGCAGAAGCAGAAGGAGAAGGAGAAGCAGGUGGGCUCCGGCCCGGCCUUUGGGGGUGCUUCCGGCGGCCGGCCCAGCGAGCUCUAG